UAACCACAUUUAGGUUUUGUGUUUUAUAUUUUACUGAACUGUGUGACAAGAUCGUUCUUAGACACCACCAACCAUUCUGAAUCACAUUAUUAUGAUAUCCAGGCAGGCUGCAGGCAGAGAGAAGAGAUUGAGACUGAGAGAAAAGCCUAAUCAGUUGGCCUAGGCCUAGCCGGAAAGAAAGGAGAGGCUAGCUAUGCUUAGGGCCUAGGCCUAGUCCUUGGGACUGAGACCAGCUUAGCUCGGUUUAAACUGGUAGUAGGAGCCACUGUGUAUUCGCUGAACAGUGAAGAUCUUUGACCCCGGUUCAAAUAUGCAAGAUCAGCUCUGAAUUAACUCUGCUACAUGUCAUAGAGCAUUCAUAUCAACACAUUUACUACAAGUUUCAUCAUGCCUGGACAUGUUUAUACUGUCUCCAUAAUUCCCUCGGACUUAAGGAGGGAAGAAACUAUACUAAGAAUAGCAGAUACCUUAGAACAUCUUGAAAAAAUAGCGAACGAUGUCUUCAAUCGCAUCAGUGACAGAGUAUCGAUGGAUCAUGCCAAACUCAAGCAAAUUAAUCAAAGACUGGAGGUAGCUCAGCUGAAAGUUGACAAGAUGAGAAACAGUAAAAAAGCAACCAAGGUCUUCUCAAGUGCAAAAUAUCCAGCCCCUGAGCGGCCAGAGAUCUAUGCAUCCUUAUUCGACGAAGACACAGAACUUUCAGCCCUAAAAGUACCAUUUAGGAGAAUGCAUACAAAACAUCAGGCAGUGGAUGCAAAAUCGCUGAAGGAGAAGUUGCAGUUUUACAAUGUACAAAUCAACCCUCGUAAAAAGGAGAAAUCAGAGGAGCAUUCAGCAGAAGGGCUUGGCGGAUUACCAAAAAAUAUGGAAUCGAUAAACUCUUUACUGCUGUUUAACACAAGUGAAAAUCCUUAUAAGAAAUAUGUGAUGAUUGAUCCACUUGGGGCAGUGACAAAAACUCGCAAGGCAAUAGAGGAAGAACAAGAGGAGAUUGGUGCUGCACCUAUCACCAUCACCCAGCAGGAGCAGAUGGAGAGAAUGACAGCUGAAAAUUAUUUUUACAUACCAAAUCUUGGAGAUGUUCCUGAAAUUGAUGUACCUGUUUAUCUUCCUGAUCUGCCAGGUGUGGCUGAUGAUGUGUCCUAUAAUGCAGAUCUUGGACCCUCUAUUGCACCAUCUGUACCUGGUAGCAACCUUCCAGACCUUCCCAGUGUAGUAUUGGCAAUUGAGGAUUCUGCCCCAUCUAACCUGCCAGCUCUACCAGCUCCAGAAGGUAGCAUGCCACCACCACCACCUCCUCCAACUGCAGGUCCACCCCCACCGCCACCACCUCCUCCACCAGAAGCAUCUAUGGCUCCACCACCACCGCCACCACCACCAGUUUCAGAAGCACGUGCUGGUGAGGAUGUCACAAUGAGGGAGAAACCGGCAGCUGCAAAGGGAGGCGAUGAUCAAAGAGCCAGUCUGCUAGAAUCCAUCAGAGCUGCUGGUGGUUCUGGUAAAGCAAAGUUAAAGAAAAUGACGGAACGCAAAAUGGAAAAGAAGAAAAAGCAAACUGCUCCAGCACCUGCUGGUGGCGACCUCAUGUCUGACCUAUUCAAUAAGCUGACCAUGCGACGUAAAGGAAUAUCAGGAGCUCGGACUGAUGGUGGCAGUGGCGGCGGUAGUGGUGGAACCAAGGACAACUCUGCUAUGGACAAGAUUUCAUCUAUGAUACCUGCCCCACCAAAGAUGUCAACAACAACACAGCAAGUCUCGCAAGAUGACGAUGACUGGGAGUAGGCCUAAAAUUUCAAUUAUUAUUAAAAUAUGGCACAUUAACCGUACUUAAAAUAUUCUUCAACCAAUUGGUAUUUUUUUUAAUUUUUUUUAUUUUUCAAAAAUAAUCUUCUAUGUUGAUACAUUUUAUAUAGUCCCUGUUAUAAACAAAUAUAAGUAACUAACACUAAGGGUGGACAAUGGAACAGACAUAACUGUGAAAAGAAAUUUUAUUGCAUAAAUGAUUUAACAAGUUAUAUUUUCAUUGCGGAUUUUUUGGGCUCAAUACGGACUCUCCAAAAGCAUGCAUUUUCUUUUAGUUUUAAGGCGUAUGCGGAUUUUAUAAGUCCGCAAUGACUAUAUAACAUGUUAUUUGAAAUUUGAUGGAUCAUCAUACAUUAUUAUUUUUGUCAUUUGAAACAUCUUAAACUACUACGCCACAGCUCCAUCAGAAUUAUUACCAUAUUUAUUUCAAUAAUGCCCUGGGUCGUUUUAUUGUUGAGAAGGGUUUUUAGUGGGCGUUUAUUCGAGGGAGGCAUUUAUUUUUUUUGGUUUAAAAGGGAUACGUAUAUACUCAAAAA